AGUUUGCUAAAGAAUACAAAAAAUUAUUUCCAGAUAUCACAUCUGAAGAAAUUUGUAAAGCUUUUCAGGUUAACAAUGAACCUCAAGCCAAAUGUAUUCUAACUGUUGAGAACAUCGAAAAAGCUAUUAAACCAUAUAUUCGUGAUCUACCUCGUGAAUUACCAGACAAUAUCCCAAAUAAUGUUUCUGACAUUUCAACUUAUUUAAA